AUGAGCAGCCUCUUGUUGUCACCAAGCUGUAUCAAGAGCUCUGAUCAUAGUGACGGACCCGAGUUUCGUCGACAUAACCAGACGAGACUCAACAGUAACCUUGAGCGCUGCCGAUCACUGUCAACAUCAACAACAGCAAGACUCGACGAUUCGGAAACACUAAAACGCCCAUCGCAUCGCCGAAGAGCGGUUGUUGAAAGGGUCAUCAACAAUGCAGCAUCCCCGCCUACUCUGCAGAGCCCCGGCUGGACAUGGGUUAGGGACCCCGACAAUGCGCCCAAAACCAACCAAGCCACCGACUCCUCCACCACAUGGCCCCCGUCCUGGCCCGCUGGCCCCGAUCCCGCCAGGGAACCCGACGCCUCCCCCUUCACCGAGGCGUAG